AUGGGGAUCCCGAAGAAACACGGUAUUGAGCUGGAGUGGCAGACGAGAUGCUCCAGUUUACGAACGUUUUCUGGUACGAGGAGUGACGUGAGGGUUUGGAUGAUUCUUAACCCGAAGCAUGCUGAUGUUGCAUUUCCCAAGCCUAUCCUGGGUCGUCCAACAGGGAUAUUCGUUGUUCUCUUUUGCCCCGGAGCAAGAGGGGAAAGCUUCGAGUUGGUGAGGAUUGGCGCUCCCGGUAGCUGUUUGGUAGCCCCUGGUCCGCUACUUAGUGCUCCCGUCUUGACGGAGAUUGCCGGUGUGUUCGUGGAUAACGGGUGGUUUCUCCUAGCUCCCUCUUCCCCCAUUUCGGGUCGGGCAGGCUGUGGUCCUCCUCGCCGGGAGAAAAGGGAGGAAGAUUCAUGCUGUAAAGAACGUGUGGGCGGCGAUAUACAUGGAAGCCCACCAGAUCGAUCGUGUAUGCAUGCAAGCUGGGGGGAUCAACCGUUGUUGCUCGCCAUCGCUUCGUUUAAGGCCCACAAAUGGGCGAGCACGAGAGGUGGAAUUAAGAUGCCUGCAAGGCGUGCGGUCGAGUUGUAUCCCGAGUAUACAUACGGACUACUUCGAGAUAUGUACAUACCCCGUCAACGGAAGACCCAGAAAUCCGUUUUCCGAGCAGCAGCAGACCUGCCAGACAGGCUUGACAGCGGCACAGUUUUCUCCAUCGCGUUCCCCACGGGCGUCUCAGCCUUCGAGCGAUCCUGA